UAGCCCCUGAUUAGACUCAAGCUGAAGGGAGCUGUUUUGUAGAUUGUUUAAAGAAAAGAAUGUGCAAGAAAGGUACAUCUCGUGGCAUUUGCUCUUUCGUAUUACUCUGGUUUACUUCCUUCGCAGUUCAGAAUGGAUCGGCCUCUGUGACAGCUUUUGUUGAAAUACGAUAUUUGAAUGCAAGCAGCAAUCAGGUGGUGAGGCAGGUUUGUGAAUGUGGAUGGUAUGGAAUGCAAUCUCUAAUAGCUAUUGCCUAUGGACAAGUGGAGCUGCCUGCAGAAAACCUCACGGCUUGUGGCCCUCAUGUCCGGUUCAACAGCUCGGCUGAUUCAUGGAUUGCUCUCAUUGAAAGGGGGGACUGCACUUUUUCUGAAAAGAUCAAUUCCGCCCUUAAGGCAGGAGCGGCUGCUGUGGUCAUUUUCAAUGAUGCAGAUUCAAGAAAUGAUGACAGAGCCAUGUCACAUCCUGGAACUGGGUACACUGUGGCCAUCAUGAUUGGCUACCUGCGAGGCAUGGAAAUUGUCAAUUUGAUAAGGAACAACACAACAGUGACCAUGACCAUCGAGGUGGGAAAGGAGCACGGUCCCUGGCUGAGCCACUACUCCGUCUUCUUCGUCUCCAUCUCCUUCUUUGUGGUGACGGCUGCUACAGUCGGCUACUUCAUCUUCUACUCUGCUCGCCGGCUACACACCAUAAGGUUGCAGAACCGAAAACAGAAACGACUCAAAGCGGAAGCCAAAAAAGCUAUUGGACAGCUUCAGGUCCGGACACUAAAGCAAGGUGACCAGGAAAUUGGAUCCGAUGCAGACACAUGCGCCGUAUGUAUCGAAGCUUACAAGCCUGGCGAUGUGGUAUCCAUACUAACUUGCAACCAUUUCUUCCACAAGACGUGCAUCGAGCCUUGGUUGCUGGAACACAGGACAUGCCCUAUGUGUAAAUGUGACAUCUUAAAGGCCCUUGGAGUUGAGCCAGAUGUUGAAGAAGGAACUCACCAGGUCCCCAUGCCACCAGACUUCAGAAUCUACCCUGAGACCCUGGAAGAUGCCCGAAGUGAAACCGCCUCUUCCGGUUACGCCUCAGUACAGGGCAUAGAGGAGCACGGGGGCUCUGCGGAGGAGAGGUUCACCCAGGCACCCUCAGCUGUAACACAGGGCGAAGAGAAAGCAGAGGGAGCAGACGGACAAACCGACUUACAGCCUCAUUAUGACAACCUGGCCUUCGAGGGAGAUUCGCAAAGCCACCCAGAUCCCAGGACAUAAAGAGCGCAGCCAAUCAUCCCCCAGCAAGAGUGGGCUUUGCUUUCUGCAGAAUUUGCACCAAAAUCUGGCCUGUGAUUGAUUUGAAAAGCUGUUUUUGAGAACUAGAUACAUAUAGUGCAUGUUUGUGAUUACUAAUAGGAAAAUGAGCACCUAUGCAUCUUUUUAGCAGAAAAUCUAUAAAUGCAAACCCAUUGUUCAGUGCAUUGAGCUCAGCUGAAUCUCAUGAAAAGGGUACAUUAGCUUAUAUCGUAUACAAAAGAGCUUUGUGCUUCUGAACAAUCUGAAUGCCUUUUUCGAAUGACGUUAAAUCUUCUAAUUCUGGUUUUUCUUCUGUAAUUUAAAAAAUUAUUUCCAAGCUGUAUAGUUUAAGGAAUCUUGACAGAAAUAACCUGGCACAUAAUGUGGAUUUUAAUAACCUGAAACCGGUAUGGAUUGCGAUUAAAUUGUUUUAACACGUUCAGAAUGAUCCUUUUAUUGAAAUAAAAUGAAGUAUUUUUCUAGUACUGAAUGUGACUUGUCCUGAUAUUACUUUAAGACUAAGACCUGUUUAUUCCCCUUGGGUAUCAAAACAUUUUAUUGACACUUUUGUAUUGAAUGGCCAGAAAAUGGUCCUUAUUCACAAGAUGGUUGCUACAUGCACUGUUAAAUAACAGGAAGUUUUAAAUUGGUUAGAGCAGAGAAAGUUGCUGUUUGGUUUCUGAAGUAUACAUUCCAUUUGCCUCUUCAGUACAGUUGCUGAGAUUAAUAUAGAAAGCUUAAGAUACCAGUUUAUUUACAUUUACUGCUUGUAAAUAUUUCAUCUCAAGUACCAUUUUUUUCCAAAAAUGGGGAAAUGAUCAAAAUUUUAUAUUAAUAUUUUGGUCUUUCAGUGUUUAAGCUGGUAUGUUAAGAUACAGUACCUAUGCUCACAUUCACCUUAAUUACUGGAUCAAAAGUAUGCAAAAUAUUUCCCUGUCACUGUGAAAAACAAAGCAAUAGGUUUACUACUUACCAGCUCGAGAGAUGCCUAUGCCUUAAUAUUUUGUGGUGCAAACAUGUUGUAAACUAUUUUUCUGGGAAAGGAUCAGUUAUUGUUUAAUCCUAAUUUUGGUGUGCACUUUAAUGGUUUAACUUAACUUUAAAUACCUGUAUGAAUUUUGUGAAAUUAUCUUGACUUUCUCACCAUCUUAGGUGAAGCUGUCCAAAGUAUUUUAACUUAAAUAAGGGACAGAUGGUGUUUGGUUUUACCCCCAACAACCUCCCCUUCUUUCCUGUAUCUGUGAUUUGAUAACUGGUGUAUAUACGAUUUAAAGUUAUAUUUAAAAUGUAAGCAAAUUGUAAAUAAAAAUUCUUUUAUUA